CCCGGUGCUGAUCGCUCGUGCCGGUGCGGCCGUCAGCGCCCUUGUGGGAGCCGAGGCUCAAGAGCAGCCCCCUCCCCUUCCUGGGCUUCCCCCACCCACUUCCCGGUCGGCGCCGGGGCUAGAGCAGCGAUGGCCGGCUGCGGUCCCGAGGAGAAAACUUACCGGCGCUUCCUCGAGCUGUUCCUGGGCGAGUUUCGCGGACCCUGCGGCGGCGGCGAGCCGGAGCCGGAACCCGAACUCGAGUCGGAGCCCGAGCCCGAGCCGGAGCCCGAGCCCGAGUCCGAACUGGUAGCGGCUGAGGCGGCCGAGCCUUCGAGUGAGGAGCCCGGGGAGGAGGCGGCCGCGGUAGCCGCGACGGAGGAGAGGGAGCAAGAGCAGGACCAAGACCCCGAGCCCGAGCCCGAGCCCGAGGAGGAGGCGGUGGAGGACGAGGCGGCGGCGGCGGCGGAGGGCGACGAGGCGGCGGCGGCCACCCCGGGGCAGUCGGCCGUGCCGCCGCCGCCACCGCAGCCCCAGCUGCCGCCGCUGCCCCCGCUCCCGCGGCCGCUGUCGGAGCGCAUCACCCGGGAGGAGGUGGAGGGCGAAAGCCUGGACCUGUGCCUGCAGCAGCUCUACAAAUAUAAUUGCCCUUCCUUUUUGGCUGCUGCUUUAGCCAGAGCCACAUCAGAUGAAGUCCUUCAGAGUGAUCUUUCUGCACAUUACAUCCCAAAGGAAACGGAUGGCACAGAAGGAACUGUGGAGAUUGAGACAGUGAAAUUGGCCCGUUCUGUCUUCAGCAAACUACAUGAGAUUUGCUGCAGCUGGGUGAAAGACUUCCCUCUCCGCCGGAGACCCCAGCUUUAUUAUGAGACAUCAAUCCAUGCCAUCAAAAACAUGCGCAGGAAAAUGGAGGACAAACAUGUCUGCAUUCCUGACUUUAAUAUGCUCUUCAACCUAGAGGACCAGGAAGAACAAGCUUACUUUGCAGUGUUUGAUGGCCACGGAGGAGUGGAUGCUGCCAUUUAUGCCUCCAUUCACCUGCAUGUUAACUUGGUACGCCAGGAGAUGUUCCCCCAUGAUCCUGCUGAAGCCUUGUGCCGGGCCUUUCGGGUCACUGAUGAACGGUUUGUACAGAAAGCAGCCAGGGAGAGCUUAAGAUGUGGGACCACAGGAGUGGUGACUUUUAUCAGAGGCAACAUGCUACAUGUAGCCUGGGUGGGUGAUUCCCAGGUUAUGCUUGUGAGAAAGGGCCAAGCUGUUGAACUAAUGAAGCCACACAAACCAGACAGAGAAGAUGAAAAGCAGCGAAUUGAGGCCCUGGGAGGUUGUGUAGUCUGGUUUGGUGCCUGGCGAGUGAAUGGAAGUCUAUCCGUCUCCAGAGCUAUUGGAGACGCUGAACAUAAGCCAUAUAUCUGUGGGGAUGCAGAUUCCGCCUCUACUGUGUUGGAUGGAACUGAAGACUACCUCAUUCUGGCCUGCGAUGGCUUCUAUGACACCGUGAACCCUGAUGAGGCAGUGAAAGUUGUAUCUGAUCACUUGAAGGAGAAUAAUGGAGACAGCAGCAUGGUUGCCCACAAAUUAGUGGCGUCAGCUCGCGAUGCUGGGUCAAGUGAUAACAUCACAGUUAUUGUGGUUUUCCUGAGGGACAUGAACAAAGCUGAAAAUGUUAGUGAGGAAUCAGACUGGACAGAGAACUCCUUUCAAGGAGGGCAAGAAGAUGGUGGGGAUGAUAAGGAAAAUCAUGGAGAGUGCAAACGCCCUUGGCCUCAGCACCAGUGCUCAGCACCAGCCGACCUAGGUUAUGAUGGGCGUGUGGAUUCAUUCACUGACAGAACUAGCCUGAGCCCAGGGUCCCAAAUCAACGUGCUGGAAGACCCAGGCUACCUAGAUCUCACACAAGUAGAAGCAAGCAAACUUCACAGUGCUCAGUUUUUGCCACCAGUUGAGAUGUUUGGUCCUGGUGCACCAAAGAAAGCAAAUCUUAUUAAUGAGCUAAUAAUGGAGAAUGAAUCAGUUCAAUCAUUGUCUGAAUGGAGCGGUGCUGGAGAGAUUCCCUCUUCCUUUAAUUUGGGUUCAACAGGGCAGCAGAUAUACAGAAUGGAGAGUGUGUCUCCUGUCUGUUCUAGGUUGGAAAAUGAACAGUUAAAAUUCCUGGGAAAUAGAGUUUCUAGAUUAUCUCAUUUACGCUAUCACUUCUCAAAGAGGUGGCAUGGAUUCAGGUUUAAUCCAAAGUUUAAUUCAUUCCUUCCUGCUCAAGAGCCUUCCCACAAAGUAGGCACAAGCCUAUUUUCACUUACUUCAGGUGGGAAAAGAAAUAGGAUGUUAAGAAGUUCUCUUCCAUGGAGGCAAGAUAGUUGGAAAGAGUAUAAUGAAAACAUGAGGAAGCUCAGAAAGAGUAAUGAUAUUCCAUACCCAGAUCUUCCCUGGAGCUGUAAAAUGUAAUACCUUGUCUUUAGAGUAGGCUAGCUAGCUCUCCCCCAAUAAAACCACCAUCAGAGUAGAAACAAGGUAGACAUUUCUGAAAUAUGUGUUCAUUAUGAAAUCAUAAAUGGCUCAAUUCUUAAAUGUAAAUAGAUCUCUAGGAAACUCAAAAUAGUGAUUUCAAUCAAAAGAAGUUUUUUGGCAGUUUCAUUAGCAAAAUUAUACAACUGAUCCCUGUAAUGUAUCCACAUCUACAUACAACCCCUCCCCACUGCCUCUUCACACCAUUAGUGGAAGCUUGCAAGGUACUUAUUUUUGUCAGGAUACAGUGUUGAAAUAUGGUCUGAUAUGCCUAAUAUAUCUUUGGAAAACUUAAUGUAGAAUUGAUUUAGUUGAGGACUGUUCCUCAAAAGACUCGGGACUAUGAGGGAAAACCCUACCUUCCCCACUUUUUUGGUAAGUAAAAGACUAUAAGCCAUACGGGUUUUAAUUGGUAACAAUGGAAGUAGAAACCUAGUGUAAAAAUGUCAUAUUUUCAGACUUGUGAGGCAGCAUAAACAUUUACUGAUUUUUUUUUCUUUUCUGUAACAUAAAGGACAAAGCUUUUUAAAUUAUUUCCCAGGGCUGUAGCUAUUUGGGAGUUUCAUAACCUGUUAUGGUGCUUUUGGUGGAAUUUUUAUUAUUUGUCAGAAGACCACUGUCAACUGGUUUCAACCUAUGAUGCUAACAUGUUUUUCAUUGUACCUUCAUCUCAGGAAUAACACUGGUUUAAUGGAGAUGUCAGGUACAUUUGAAUAGAAUAGCAUUGCUAUUUUUUCUACCCUCCCCCCCCUUUUUUUAAAGGUCAAAGACAGCAAAGCCAUAUACCACUAUCAAAUAAGAAGUGGUGCCCUAGCUGGUCUGGUUCAGUGGCUAGAGUGUCGGCCUACAGACUGAAGGGUCCCAGAUUUGAUUCUAGUCAAGGGCAUGUACCUCAGUUGCAGGCUCGAUCUCCUGCCCUGGGCGGGGGC